GAGCUCGGCGGGGACGUCGGGGCGGGUUUCAUGGACAGUACCUGAGCCCCGGCGGCGCGGCGCGGCGGCGGGCUGCGCUUUUCGCUCGGAGCUGCGCCACCGGGGCGAAUGCAGACAAAUGCAUUUGGGGGCGCAGAGGACAAGGAGUGGCAGCAUCUCCCCCGCGGCGCGCACAUACUCAAGUGCUCUCUGGCAUGGCCCAGCAAACACUUUCAGAAAACCUUCCUCCUUUUUAUUGCAAUAUGUAUAGCUGUUGGUGUUGCACAACUACCUGAACAAGGAGAGUGGCAGCAUCAGUUUUCUACCAUGUCCCUUCACCAUACAGGUGAAGCAAGAAAUAGCUCAUCCUUGGCUGCAAUAGAUGUCCUUCACCAAUUAGGCCUUGCGAAAGACGUUCGACAGCCCUCGGAGGCAGCAGCACCCUCGACAUCUUCUCCGCUACCUCAGGGGGUUCGUCUAGCUGUGCCGGGAGUUGUCCUAACGAGCGAGGCCCACGUCGAGUCCCCCGUCGUGCAAGUCCUACCAUCGCAUCUAGGGCAGCAGUUCACCAUAUUGGUUGGGCUGUACUCUUACAGCGUGAAUAAUGCUUUUCUUUUCAGUAUUAGGAACAGAAGUAGACUGCAGUUUGGCGUCCAGUUGCUACCAAGAAAAGUAGCGGUGUACACUGGAGGGAAGCAGCCCGUGUAUUUUGAGUAUAGCGUUCAUAAUGAGCAGUGGCAUUCGUUUGCCAUUGGCGUUAGGGACAAGACUGUCUCCAUAUUUGCCGAGUGCGGAAGGAAAUACUACAGCAGGGAAGCACUUUCAGAAGUGCAGGCGUUUGCCCUGGAUGGUUUGUUUACCCUGGGAAGGAUGAACUCUCACUCUGUCAGCUUUGAAGGAGUUAUAUGUCAGCUAGAUAUUAUUCCCUCUGCAGCAGCCUCUGCAAACUAUUGUAAAUAUGUGAAACAGCAGUGUCGCCAGGCGGAAACCUAUCGAUCUCUGCCAGAAGCUCCACGUGAGUCAGAUGGGCUGGACAUGUUUUUGAGGAAAAAAGUUGGUGAGAAAAACCCGUCUGAAGGUACCAGGAAAGAGGCAUCAAACACUCCUGUUACCAACAUUGCUCAGAUUCACUCUCCGCCAGAAUACUUGGAGUCAAGAAAUGUGUCUGCAUCGGAGUUUGGGGAGGCCAAACCUCUGUUGCUGGAAACUUGGCCUGAAACAGGGCUCCAGGAGAGUGUCAGUCCACCCCUCCUGCAGCACGAGCUGAGCGAAGACAGAAACGUCGCUAAAAAAAAUACAGUGUCAUAUCCAAAUAUUUCAGAUAAUACCAUGGAAGAUGCUGGCAGAAAAAGUGAGCCUUCUCUGAUCUCCCUUGUAAAACAGAGCGAAAGCACAGGAAAGGGCCAAGCAAAGCAGCAUGUAGAUGAACCAACUGAAAAGCAGCAAAUCAUAAACACGACCUGGUAUAGUGCUAGUGCUGACCUGUCACUGGGUAACCAGCUCGGUCCAUGGGAGAAAGGUGCCUUCGAUGCUGAUGAGACUUAUCACACAGAAAGCAGUUAUGAAAUAGAUAUUGCUAAUUAUGCUUAUGACUGUGAAGAUCUUGACAAAAUGUUUGAAAUGGGAAAUAUCAGAGGUCCAAAGGGGGAAACUGGGCCUCCUGGUCCUCCAGGUCCUCCAGGUUUACCUGGUCCAUCAGGAAAGAGAGGUCCUCGGGGUAUUCCAGGACCACAUGGUAAUCCAGGUUUGCCAGGAUUGCCGGGUCCAAAGGGCCCUAAAGGGGACCCGGGAUUCUCCCCAGGACAAGCAAAACAUGGAGAAAAGGGUGAUCCAGGCCCAGUAGGCUUUCCAGGCCCACCUGGGGUCAAAGGCCAGAAGGGUCUCAAGGGUUAUCUGGGACUGCGAGGGCCACAGGGUGAGCAGGGACUUCCAGGAAUGGCUGGCAAUACUGGGGCAGUUGGUUACCCUGGCAGGCAGGGUUUAGCUGGCCCAGAAGGUAACCCAGGUCCUAAAGGUGUAAGAGGUUUCAUUGGACCUCCAGGUGCGGCAGGACAACCUGGACCUGAAGGAGAAAGGGGCAUUCCAGGCGUCCAUGGCAAAAGAGGCCCUAAAGGGAGACAGGGUUUUUCAGGUGACUUUGGAAACAGAGGACCACCUGGUCCAGAUGGGAAUCCUGGAAUUGUUGGUGGUGUUGGUCCUCCUGGAUUUCCAGGACUAAGAGGAGGUGUUGGGCCAGCAGGACCAAGCGGACCAUCAGGAAUUCCAGGGCCCAUGGGUCUUCCAGGGAGUGUGGGACAGCCUGGAAUGAAAGGUGAUAAGGGUGAACAUGGCCUUGCAGGAGAGCCAGGAGACCAGGGGUACCCAGGAGACAAGGGUGCUCUUGGUUUACCAGGACCCCCAGGGAUCAGAGGAAAGCCAGGACCUCCUGGAAAAACUGGAGAUCCUGGAUUGCAUGGACCAUUGGGUCCUCCAGGUCCUGAGGGUUUUCCAGGGGAUAUUGGUGUACCUGGAGUAAAUGGCCCUGAAGGUCAAAAGGGACUUCUUGGUGACCGAGGGCCUCCAGGGCCACCAGGCCCCAAAGGAGUUGAGGGAGAAGUAGGACCGGUUGGACCUAUUGGAGGAGCUGGACCAAGAGGAAGGCCAGGGCAGAAAGGUUAUGUAGGUGACCCUGGACCAGAAGGAUUAAAGGGAGAACAAGGAGACCAAGGAAACCUUGGAAAAAUUGGUGAAGCAGGAUCAACUGGGUUACCUGGAGAAACUGGUCCAUCUGGAAGCCUUGGUGAAAAGGGAGAGCGAGGCAGUCCAGGACCUAUAGGUCCUCCUGGAGAGAAAGGUGUCAUGGGCUACCCAGGACCUCCAGGGGGCCCUGGGCCUGUGGGACCAGAAGGAUUACCUGGACCCUCUGGGACAGGAGGACCACCAGGGCCACAGGGACCUAAGGGAAGGAGAGGACCAAGAGGUCUAGAUGGUCCUUCAGGAGAAGUGGGAGCACAAGGCAUUAAGGGAGAAAGAGGAGAUCCAGGAAAGAAAGGACUCCCUGGGCUCAUUGGUAAUGCUGGAAAUCCAGGAGAAAGAGGAGAUCAAGGAGUACCAGGUGUGCCUGGGCCUCCCGGAACCACAGGAGACAGGGGACCUAUGGGAGAGCCAGGUCCAAGAGGACAACGAGGAGAUGCUGGCCCUAUUGGGGAAAUGGGUUUUGAGGGACCUCCUGGUCCUGAGGGAGAACCUGGCCUACAGGGAGAACCAGGUUCAAAGGGGGACACUGGAGCUGCUGGGAAGGCUGGAGAACCAGGUGAUCAAGGUUUAAGGGGUGAACCAGGACCUCCGGGAGAAGAUGGUGUCCAAGGAAAAGAUGGCUCAAAGGGAGACCCUGGAGACCAGGGACUUCUUGGAGAAGGUGGUGAAAAAGGAGAGAUGGGAAUACCAGGAAUUAUAGGUCUGUCUGGUGAGCCUGGCAUACUGGGCGUUCCUGGUCCUGAAGGAAUACCAGGAAAUCCAGGUCAGAGAGGUCGUCUAGGGAAGAAGGGGGAAAAGGGACAGCUUGGCCCCCCUGGAGAAACUGGACCUGCUGGUGACUUAGGCCAGCCUGGAGAAACUGGUCCUAAAGGUGCAAGAGGAACUCGAGGUCCUUUGGGACAUCUAGGAGUUAUGGGACCUGAAGGAGAGCCAGGAAUUCCGGGUUAUGGGGGUCACCAGGGUCCUCCAGGGCCUCCAGGACCCCCAGGACCCAAAGGAGAGAAGGGUUACCCAGGCGAAGACAAUACAGUUUUUGGACCACCUGGGCCCAUAGGUGAACCAGGUCCUAGUGGUGAACGUGGAGAUAGGGGAGAACCUGGUGAUGAGGGCUACAAGGGUCAUGUAGGUCUUCCAGGGCUUAGAGGACCUAUUGGACAGCAGGGGCCUCCAGGAGAACCAGGUGAAAUGGGGGAACAAGGACCAAAAGGAGAAAGAGGUUCAGAAGGCCCCACAGGGAAGAAAGGAGCUAUGGGUGAGGCGGGCAAACCUGGAACUCCUGGAAAACCAGGGCCAAUAGGGCAAAAAGGAGCAAUUGGGUACCCUGGAGCAGAAGGCAUUCCUGGGAACCCUGGAAAACCUGGGCUGCCAGGGAAGCCUGGCCAUAAGGGUAAUAAAGGAAACCUGGGAAUAACUGGUCUGGCAGGUUAUCCUGGAGCUCGAGGUCCUAAGGGAUUACCAGGCAUGCCAGGGGCCAUGGGAGCACCAGGGCUAAAGGGUGACAGAGGACUUCAGGGUCACCCAGGAAAACGAGGCAAAAGAGGCCUUCCAGGAUCACAAGGUGACCAGGGGCAAGCAGGAGACACUGGACUGAAAGGACAGGCUGGAGAACAUGGAGAUCAAGGUUUGAUGGGGUUUCAAGGAUUCCCGGGUCCAAAAGGUCCUGCAGGGGACACCGGCUUCAUCGGAAUUCUGGGCCCAAAAGGCCCAACAGGCCAAGUCGGAUACAUUGGCCCUGUUGGUCAAGAAGGUAUAACAGGCCCAACUGGCAGGCCUGGACCCAGGGGUGAAAAGGGCACAAGAGGUGAAAUUGGCCCUCAGGGACCUCAGGGCCAGCCAGGGCCACCUGGACCGCCUGGACCACCAGGACCAAGAAAACAAGUGGACAUCAAUGCUGCUGUUCAAGCCCUGAUUCAGUCAAAUGCUGCACUGCAGAUGGAGAGAUACCAGAAUACUGAAGUAACUUUACUAGAUCACAGUACAGAGAUAUUCAAAACGCUGCACUACCUUAGCAAUUUACUGCACAGCAUCAAGAAUCCCCUUGGCACACGGGAUAACCCAGCACGCAUCUGCAGGGAUUUGCUUAACUGUGAACGUAAAGUGUCAGAUGGAAAAUACUGGAUUGACCCAAAUAUUGGAUGUCCUUCUGAUGCCAUUGAAGUUUUCUGCAACUUUACUGCAGGUGGUCAGACAUGUUUAUCACCAAUGUCUGUGACAAAGCUGGAGUUUGGCGUCGGAAAAGUGCAGAUGAACUUCCUUCAUUUACUGAGCUUAGAAGCAACCCACAGCAUCACAAUUCACUGUCUGAACGCACCGAUGUGGGGAUUAAAUGAGGCAGGCAGCCAGAAAACAUCUGUUAGCUUCAAGGGAUGGAAUGGCCAAAUGUUUAAAGCAAAUACACUACUUGAACCGAAGGUGCUUACGGACGAAUGCAUGAUUCAAGACGGCAGCUGGCAUAAGACGCAGUUCUUCUUUCACACUCAGGACACUCAUCAGCUUCCAGUCGUUCAGGUUCACAUGCUUUCUCAUCUCAGACCAGGACAACAGCACUUCAUAGAGAGUGGUUUAGUGUGCUUCCUUUAAGGCUUCUGUCCUGGUUUUUUACAUCACCGUGGAGUUGUUGCAUAGAUUAAAUGCAAAGGUAACAAUCCACUACAGACGCAAUUACCGUUACGAAGCUGAAGAACCAUUUCAGACAGAGCGUGGGUUAAAGAACCUCAGGAAGAAAAGGACUUCCUCCUAAGGAGACGUGGCAUUUAAAAACAAAAAGAAAGAAAAGAAAAAAGACUACAACAGCUUUGAUAAAGUAUUUAAUUUUUUUAAUAUUGGUUGGUGCUUUCCUGUAUAAUUUCCUGGAACUGAGAAUUAUAUAUCCGAACAUGGAAUUCUUCGGGACCUCUAGCGUCCCGGUAAUCUAUUUAACAGCACUGCAAGCAACAUCCUGAGGAGAGCUGAGACAUACAAUACUGAGGAGCAAUACUGGCUAAUGCUCCUAAAUGUGCAAUAGCUUACAUCUGAAAAGCGAAUUAUGCCACAGUACAAUAUGUCUUCUUUUCUUAAACACAGAGUUGUAUUAUAGUCCUGGGUGGACACACACAUCUUAACAGAUGGCACACUACCUCUUACGUGUUUCCUGUCCGUGUUGCCUUGGUGCUCUUCAUAACACAAGGUGCUCGUGGCCUUAGCGGAGAUUAUUUGAGUCCCUUUUUGUCUUUCAGACUGUACGUGCUGGUUACAUGGAGAUACGUUUCUGUCGUAAAGGUACUUAUUAUAAAUUGUUGGUCACGUACUUCAUUACAACUAAAACAUUAUUUAUGUUGAUUUCUUGUUUAAAAUAUUUUUGUGUACUGCUGUGGAAGUGGUAUAUGCGACAGAACAUUGUAUAUGAUGCAUAUAGUCAGAACAGCAACCCUUUAGCCAUCAUAAAAAUGUUGUAGAAGAGGUACCUGCAGUAGUUUUGAGUUUUAGAUUCUGUAUUACAGUUAACUUUUUUCAAUGCCAAAGGCAUCUUAAGAUGAUACAUUGUGUAUAUAUUUUGUAACUUGUUCAAAAUUUUACCACAGCAUGUCUUUUGAAUGGCUGCUGAUAAAUUAUAAUCAUUUCAUCAACUUAGAAAUUCCUUUUUUUGCAAUAUUAUUAGACAGUUUUGGUUUUCUUAAAUUGGGCCUACAAUGCCUUCAAAAAAACCCUACCAUUAGGAAAAGCACUCUUUAUAACGGUAUGCCUCUAUCUAUUUUCAAUCCAAAGUCUACUCAGUUGUAUAUGACAAGAUGAUGCCAAACCAUACCAGGGAGCAGGGAGCUGUUCAAACAACUUGUUUUACCGCCUUGAUCCACUGGAAGCCACAUUUACCAAAUUACAAUAAAAUGAGCUUUAAAACUAA